AAUACGUUAGCAUACAUUCUUCUAUACAUUCGAUUACACAAAUGCAACUUUGGGUUAAUUUUUUUUAUUUAUUUUUUAUUUAGCUCAUUUCAAAAUUUUUUGUUGCAAAGAGUAACAAACUGGUAGAAAUUACCCUUACCUUUAAGACAUAUCCAAUUUAUCACUAUAUAAGAAUCUCUCAAAUCAUUAAAACAACCCUCAAAAAAAAAAAAAAAAAAAAAAAAAAAAAAUUUGUCUGUUAAAGGUGUAGACGAAAAUAUCCCAAUCUCAGAUAGCGGGUUUAACUAUCUCAUCAUCCCACAAACCCAAACUUCAUUCAUCUUCAUCGUUCAUAAAAAACCCUUUUCCCCCAAAAACUCCAACGAAACCCCUAAUUUCUUCUUCUCUACUUUCUAUCUUCGAUCAAUUUUGUGAAAUUGAAAUCUUAAAAUUCAUCGAAAACCCUAGUUUUUUCGAAGUUCUACGAUGUCAUCUUCUGGGCAACAUCAGUUUAGGUACACCCAGACACCAUCGAAGGUUCUCCACUUGCGCAAUCUUCCAUGGGAGUGUUCCGAAGAGGAGCUUGUUGAGCUCUGUAAACCCUUUGGUAAGAUCGUCAAUACCAAGUGCAAUGUCGGCGCCAAUCGUAAUCAAGCUUUCGUCGAAUAUGCAGACCUUAAUCAGGCUAUCUCUAUGGUUUCGUAUUUUGCGUCGGCUUCAGAACCGGCGCAAGUUCGGGGUAAAACUGUGUACAUUCAGUAUUCGAAUAGACACGAAAUCGUGAACAAUAAGAGCCCUGGUGAUAUUCCGGGGAAUGUGUUGCUAGUUACUAUGGAAGGGGUGCAACCUGGUGACGUGACUAUUGAAGUUAUUCACUUGGUAUUUUCUGCCUUUGGAUUUGUCCACAAAAUUGCCACCUUUGAAAAGGCAGCUGGAUUUCAGGCGUUAAUCCAAUUCAGCGAUGUUGACACAGCAAGUGCAGCAAAGGAUGCAUUGGAUGGGAGAAGUAUACCCAGGUAUUUGCUUCCGGAGCAUGUGAGUUCAUGUAAUCUGCGAAUUUCAUAUUCUGCGCACACAGACCUGAAUAUUAAGUUUCAAUCACACAGGAGCAGGGACUAUACCAAUCCUUACCUUCCUGUGAACCCUACUGCUUUUGAAGGUCUUGUUCAGCCUGUUGUUGGUGCUGACGGAGUUAAAAAAGAUCAGGAGAGCAAUGUACUUCUUGCUGCAAUCGAGAAUAUGCAAUAUGCUGUUACUGUUGAUGUUCUUCAUACGGUAUUUUCUGCGUUUGGCACUGUUCAAAAAAUAGCUAUAUUUGAAAAAAAUGGCCAGACACAGGCUCUAAUUCAGUAUCCUGAUGUUAGUACGGCUUCUGUUGCGAAAGAAUCUUUGGAAGGACAUUGCAUUUAUGAUGGUGGCUAUUGUAAGCUUCAUCUAACAUAUUCUCGUCAUACUGAUCUCAAUGUAAAGGCUCAUAGUGACAAAAGUAGAGAUUACACAAUCCCAGAACCAACUAUGCUAGCAGUGCAACAGGCUCCAAGUUAUCAUGGAGCUCCUGCAGCACCAUGGAUGAACCCUCAAACAAGUGCGGGAUAUCCUUCAAAUGGAUACAGUAAUGGUGCUAACAUACCGCCUCAGAAUCAUGCGGCACCUGCACCCUCAUGGGACCCAUCAAUGCAGCAUGGUAGGCAAACAUUUGUUUCAGUACCUAGCACGUUUCCCGGUCAGACAUAUACAUCAUCUCCUAUGCCUGCGUAUGCCUCUGCUCCAAUUUCACCAGCCCCAGGCACUUCUAUGCCAAUGCCUGCACCUGGUGCUUCACGGGCUAGCCCAUCUUAUCACUCAUAAACAUGUUUUUGUUUUAAAUUUGUUAUCUAACUGCUUGGUAUCUCUUAUUAUAUGAAUUUUUGGAGUGAAGUUUGCAUUAUAUCCUUAGAUUCUCUUAUAAUGAAGGCAGCUUUUCUACUGUUCAUAGGUUUCCUUGACACACCUAAAGCUUCCCCGAAGAAGGGGAGUAAGGCAUCGAAUAACUGAUAUUUUUUGUCUAGUCUGUAUGAUUGAAUUUUAUCCGUUUGUGGAGCUUA